AUGGUUGAAGAAAUAACACGAAUCAUCCAGGUAGACUUGGACCUGAAAUACAAAGCCAACAUCCGAGACCUGUUUGAGGAGUUUGACAACUUCAAGGAAGGAGCUGUGAUUGGGAUUGCCAGGGAAAUGCAACCGGUGUACAGGCACACGUUCUGGCAGUACCGCCGCGAGAACCCCCACACCAAGGUGGGGGAGCCGCCUCCGGACGGGCUGCCUGGCUUCAACAGCGGCGUCCUGCUCCUCAACUUGGAAGCCAUGCGGCAGUCCAAGCUCUACAACCAGCUCCUGGAGCCCGCCGCGGUGCAGAAGCUCACAGAGAAGUACCACUUCAAGGGCCACCUUGGGGACCAGGAUUUCUUCACCAUGAUUGGGAUGGAGCACCCAGAACUCUUCCACGUGCUUGACUGCACGUGGAACCGGCAGCUUUGCACGUGGUGGAAGGACCAUGGCUACAGCGAUGUGUUUGACCAGUAUUUCCAGUGUGAGGGUGAGGUCAAGAUUUACCACGGGAACUGCAACACUCCAAUCCCUGAUGACUAGGGCACCUGCCUGCCCUCGCAGCAGA